AUGCACGCCUCAUUGCUGCCAGCCUCUUCGGACUCGGUUGUGAACUUGGCGCGGGCUGCCACAUUCACUCUCCUCGCCGCGGCCAUCCUGGCGCGCAUGCUGCAAUUCAUCGUCGGCUCGGGAAGCUCGAAAGCGGGAGGCGGCACAGCGAGCGCGACGGCUGAUGCACAAGAAGGGCGAGAAGGAGGCAGUGCGGCCGCAGCGAGCGCGACGGCUGAUGCGGGCGCGGCGCGUGUCGGCAGCCACGUAUAUGUCGACGAUAGCGCGGACCCUUGGCCGCUCGGCGACAUCGAGGCGUACCUCAUCGACCUCGACGGAACCAUCUACUCGCCGACCGGGCCAAUCGAGGGCGCGGCGGAGUUCUACGCCGCGGUCCUGCGCCACAAGCCGCACGUCUUCCUGAGCAACACGGGCGCCAAGGGCGCGGACGGAGUUCGCGCCAAGCUCUCGCGGAACGGUAUCAUCCUCGGCCCGGGCAGCCAGGAGCGGCACAUCUGGACGGCAACGCAGGCGCAGUGCCGCUUCCUUGCUGACACGCUGCCGCCGGCGGCGCGCGGUUUCGCGGGCUUCGCCGACUGGUCGUACGACGUGAUCAAGAAGACGUCCUUUCUGCUGUCUCACGGCGCCCACCUGAUCGCCACCGCAGAGGACGCCUUCAACCCGUCCACCGACAACAUGCCCCUCCCCGGCCCGGGCAUGUUUUGCGCAAUGUUCCGCGCGCUCCUCCACCCGAGCGGCGGAGAUCGCAUCCACGUCUGCGGCAAGGGCGGCGGGCAGGGCAGCGAGCACACCAUGUGGUCGGGGGAGCGCGCUCGCGACCGCUCCCGCGUCCUCAUCGUGGGCGACCGGUUCGACACGGACGUCAGAGCGGGCUCCCUCGCCGGCGUCCGAACUUGCCUGGUCGAGAGCGGCUGCCACCAGCACGCCCUGCAGCCGCACUUCGCCGACGCGCCCGCAGAGUUUGUCGCCGCCUCCGUCGCCUCCCUCAUCCCGCCCCACCGGAGGCACGACCCGUCCGAGCGGCCGCGAACCGUCGCCUUUGACCUGUGCCAGCCGAGGGUGGCCAUCAUGGCGCGACCCGGGUCCAUAUCGCCGGUGGGCACGCCGCCCGUGACGCGCCAGGCUUCGGACUCGACCGGCGGUGCGACCGAGGGCGCCUCUGCCGCGGGGCUGCGCGCGUGGCGGCUCGGCGCGGGCAACAUGGUGUACUGGCACACGGGGGAGGGGCCGGCGGACCACGGCUCGGCGGUGCCGCUGAUCCUCGCGCUCCGCUCCUUCUUCGAGGAGCGCGCGGCGCCGGAGGACGGCCUCGCCACCGUCUCCGCGAGGGACGCUCUCGAGGCGAUGCGCGCUCUCGGGGGCAACGCCGUCCUGCGCCGCAUCGCGGGCUGCUCCUCCGAGGCCGGCCGCGCCGGCCGCGUCACCUUUGCGCAGCUCUGCCGCCAGGUGCAGGGCUCGCUCGAGUCCGACGAGCAGCUGUUCGACCCCCUGCCGACACCCGGCGGCGGCUCCUCGCCUUGCAUGAAGCCGCACGCGCGCCGCCGCCGGCCCUCUAUGAACAGCUCCUCGAGGCCGGCGGCGACAGAGGCGCCCGCAGUGCUCGAGGCGGGAGCGCGGCUGCGCAAGUGGGACACCGUCGCGCUGCGGCAAAAGCAACAACGCGCGGCACCGCGCGCCUCUUCGGUGACCCACAACCCGCUCCAUGGCCGCGGCUCGGCGGGCAGCUCUGCGAGAAUCAGCGGCGGCGGCCCGCUCAAGCGGGCCGGCACGAUGCCUCCGACGGAAGCGGCCGUGUAG